CGUCCAUGUAAUUCGACUUUGCCUGGCGACCUCAUAAGCGCUAAAUUACCACCGGUUGAAGACGUGUAUUGCGUGUUGAAGGACGCUGAAGUUAUCACCGAAGAACUUACGAUGGAAAAGGCUCCAGAGAAGCCAGAAGUACACCCGCCUCCGCCGCCCCAGAAGCAUGUUCUCCGACCGCACGAGAUGCUGCUGCUCGUCGUCAUACUGUGCACAUUCAAAGAAUUUGAAGGCAAAGGGUUACCUCCGGCAUUUGUGCUGCAUCUGUACCGUUUCCUGACGCGCGAGGUGUCUGAGGUUACGCAACCCAAAUCUGCUGAUGAGCUCUUUGCUGCUCUCAGAGAUGGACCUGAGGCUGACCAUCCUGUCGCACAAGCUUUACUGCUGAAAGUCAUUGAUCAGAACGUUGGUACAGGCGCAGAAGUUUGUGAGUCUACGCCAGGAAGUACUCCUCUCAUACCGACAUGCACCCUGCAGACUCGCAGGUCGCUGCUGGGUUAUUUCUGCCGCCGCUGCUUCAUCAGCUACAUCAAGCUAUCGUACCAUGGUCUCUGCAAGCUGCAACACGCGAUCUCUCAGUGGAAGAAGGGACAGUGGUCGCCAGAUAUUGAUCCUCCUGCAGGCGAUGAUCUGAUAGAUGAUCGAUUUCUCUUUCGGACGCCCAUCGACGCGAGUCACUUUGCAACUCCAGACGCGUUUGCUUCGUAUGAAAAGGCGCUGCUAGUCGGUGACGACAAGACGGCGGCCGACAGCUUGCGCAGAUACUUCGACCAACGCUUCCAUACCCAGCCGGAGUCCAAAAAUCGCCAGCAUGCGAUGUUGAACCUCAUACGACUGCAUUACGUCCGAUCAGAAUAUACCGCGGCGAGGAAGCUCUUGCAGGAAGCUAUAGCAGUUUCGCGGAUCUCUGGUGAUAGGGUGACACUACAGCAUUGUACGAGCAUGCUGAACCGCCUACCUCCCGUGGAGCGAGGCCGAAAACCUGCGCUGAACGAGAUACAGCCCGAUUUGCAUCCUCUUGAGUUGCUAUUCGACGUGAAGAAGCUCAUGCAAACAACAAGUGAUCAACCUCUAGGUUCUUCUUUUGAGAAGAUAACGGAGUCAAUAGGACUGUUUAAUCACUGGAUCGACGUGCAAGGCAACGAGCCCGCGGAGGACGAUGAGUUUGCCCAGCAUGCAGUGCAGAGCAUAGUCUGGUCGGCUGCUGGCAGGGACAAACUCGCCCAUAUUGAGGAGGACAUUGUCACCACCUUCAUGAGUGCGAGCAGUGAGACAACGCUGUCCUGCCUUGCCAACCGAGCUUACGCAGUGGCCCGCCAAGGAUCCUACGAUGAAGGUCUGGCGAUGUUACUCGAACCGUCCGUGUGGCAAAAUCUCGCCACGAUGCCGGACUAUAACCUUUGGGCUAACGAAGUCUGGCAUAUUCUUGUAUUGAGAGCAACACGACGAGGUCAAAUCCGGACGAUAAGGGACUUUUUGCGCACGCGACGAACCUCGAUGUACUUCCUCACAAAGGAAUACUCAUUGGAUGGUGACAAGGGCCGUGUUGCGUCCGCGAUUCGCGACCCACUGUACAAAGUCAUGGAGCUGAAGAGGGUUGAUCAAGGCGCUCAAGCAGUUGAACCGCUCCUCGUCGCCCUAUGGAAAUCGGAGUUUCAAGGCCGAUUCGGGCUCUACCGAACCGCCAUCGUCAUGCUCGCCGACAUCAGCCUUGAAUUUGGAUGGACCAAGAAAGCUCGUCGGAUCAUCGAAGAGAUCAUGCCGCAGGUCAUCGCUGGGGAUGAUAUAGAACAGAGGGCACUCGCAUGCUUUGUGUAUGCACGGUGUAUCAUAGCGGCUGCAGACGACGUGCCCACAGGCCUCCGGCAAGCGCUUGCAUAUCUCCACCAUGCGGAGGAGGAUUAUCGACGGCUAGAGCUUUAUGUCUCCUUGGCGGACGUGCAAUAUUUUCUUUCCGUUGUUUACCACAACCUGGAUAUGGUGCAGGAGAGAGACGCUGCCGCAAAGAGACACGAGGACACGGUGGAGGAACAGCGCAAAUUGGACGAGAUUGUGGUAGAUGAUGACGUUCUGGCGGUAUGUGAGUUGAUAGCAGACAUCGGAGCAGCGCUCGCUGCCCGGUAA